CCCACGAAGGAAGGGCCGACAGUUCGGUGAAGCCAAUCUGGCAUAUCAUUGUGCGACUAUUCCCAAAUGGAAGGGAGAGGCAGAAUAUCGAGAUUUGUGCUGAGAGACGGCUUCUGAUUGAUCCGUCGAGGUUAUUCUUCAUGAAGCUCUUUAUUCCUGCUAGUUGUCAACGUUCGAGGCUAGAUGAGAGCGGAGUUGGGUUCGCUGAGACAGGGCGCACUCACGUUCAUGAUAGUGUGUUGUGUGCAGAGCGCUCUUCGCUGGCUGCCUAG